GGCCCCUCCCGCCAGUGCUCGGCUGGGGAGGAGAAGUGAGUUCUGGCGCGGGCGGUAACGGCUAGCAGUCACCACCCCUUGCAAGCACCAGAGCCCAGCUAGCAGCGCGGAGGCUGCGGAGCCGGUGGACGCGGAGCUAGCUCUGUGGGGCUCCGGGGGGGAGGGGGGGAGCCGCAAAGCCCCCGCUGAGGCCGUCGCUGCCGGGCCUCCCCUCCCCCCUGGGCCAUCGCCAUGCGGGGGGGCCCAGGAGACGCUGAGCGGCGACAGCGCUGGGGCCGGCUCUUCGAGGAGCUGGACAGUAACAAGGAUGGCCGCGUGGACGUGCACGAGUUGCGCCAGGGACUGGCCAAGCUGGGUGGGGGCGACCCAGACCGCGGCGCCCAACAGGGCAUCUCUCAUGAGGAUGAGACUGACCCAGGUGGAGGGCUUGACUUGGAAGAGUUCUCCCAAUAUCUGCAAGAGCGAGAACAACGCCUGCUGCUUAUGUUUCAUAGCCUUGACCGGAACAAGGAUGGUCAUAUUGAUGUCUCAGAGAUCCAGCAGAGUUUCCAAGCUUUGGGCAUUUCCAUCUCUCUGGAGCAGGCAGAGAAAAUUCUGCACAGCAUGGACCGUGAUGGCACAAUGACCAUCGACUGGCAGGAAUGGCGCGACCACUUCCUGUUGCAUUCACUGGAAAACGUGGAGGAUGUGCUCUAUUUCUGGAAGCAUUCCACGGUCCUAGAUAUUGGUGAAUGCCUGACUGUGCCAGAUGAGUUCUCAAAGCAGGAGAAGCUGACAGGUAUGUGGUGGAAGCAACUGGUGGCCGGCGCAGUAGCAGGAGCUGUAUCACGGACAGGCACAGCCCCUCUGGACCGACUGAAGGUCUUCAUGCAGGUCCAUGCUUCUAAGACCAACCGGCUGAAUGUCCUGGGGGGCCUUCAGAGCAUGAUCCGAGAAGGCGGUAUUUGCUCCCUGUGGCGUGGCAAUGGUAUUAAUGUGCUCAAGAUCGCACCUGAGUCAGCUAUCAAGUUCAUGGCCUAUGAACAGAUCAAGCGGGCUAUCCUGGGGCAUCAGGAGACGCUGCAUGUACAGGAACGCUUUGUGGCUGGCUCCCUGGCUGGUGCCACAGCCCAAACCAUCAUUUACCCCAUGGAGGUGCUGAAGACACGGCUGACUCUGCGCCGGACAGGCCAGUACAAGGGACUGCUGGACUGCGCCAGACGGAUCCUGGAGCGAGAAGGGCCACGUGCCUUCUACCGCGGCUACCUGCCCAAUGUACUGGGCAUCAUUCCCUACGCGGGCAUCGACCUGGCUGUCUAUGAGACCCUGAAGAAUUGGUGGCUCCAGCAAUACAGCCACGACUCGGCAGACCCAGGCAUCCUCGUGCUCCUGGCCUGUGGCACCAUCUCCAGCACCUGCGGCCAGAUAGCCAGUUAUCCCCUGGCACUGGUGCGGACCCGCAUGCAGGCCCAAGCGUCCAUCGAGGGUGGCCCCCAGCCGUCCAUGCUGGGCCUGCUCCGUCACAUCCUGUCCCAGGAGGGCAUGCGAGGCCUCUACCGGGGCAUUGCCCCCAACUUCAUGAAGGUCAUUCCUGCUGUGAGCAUCUCCUAUGUGGUCUACGAGAAUAUGAAGCAGGCCUUGGGGGUCUCAUCCAGGUGAGGGACCCGAAGCCUGGCCCCUGCCCCAUGAUCUCUCACCGAAUCAUGAUGUUCCCCACACCUUGGCUUGUUGCCCAACUAUUGGACCCCCACACUUUAUCCCACCAUGACCCCAACUGUGGAUCCUACACUUCAGCUACUUGAGUCUAAUACCCUAACCACAAGAUCCUAGGUUACUCACACCCCACCCCUCAACCUAUCCCCUAGAUCACUGGAUCCUGCAUCUCCACAUCCCAAACAUCAACCCACAUUUCCCUGUCCCACCCGCUGCAUCCUUGGCCUCCAUGUCAUAACUACUGGAUCCCACUUAGGUCAGUGAAUGGAUCCCAAUAUCCCAACCACAGGAGUACCUGUCACCCUCACCCACACCUCAACACUCAGAUCUGAUCCCUCAGGCACCAGAUCCAAUGUCUUCAUGCAGCACUGGAUCCCAGAUCCCCCAAUCCCAGGUCUCCAUGCCUUGAGUCCUGGAUCUCCAAGCUCAACCACUGGAUUUGGAUGUCAAGAAACCUCAGCCACAGGAUCCUAACAGUGCUAGAUCCUGGGGCCCCAUCACUGGAUCCCGGAUCCCCUCACCCCAACUAUUGGAUUCCUGAAUUAUUUUUGCCUCAAUACUGCGCCCCAGAUCCUUCUGCUCUGACUGCUGGAUCCCUACACUUGGAGCACUACACCGUCAUUCCCAAUCACUGGAUCCCAGGUUCCCACGUCCCAACGUCCCGGAUUCUGGCUCCUAAAACAAAUGAGGGAGCCCAGCAGCACAGCAAGUGCAUCCUGGCAACUGUAGCUGCUGGAUUCUGAUUCUAGAUCCCAGAUUCCCUCACCCCUUUGCAUUGGAUGCUGAAACCUCACGUGCAGAAAACAGACCCUGGUGCUACCAGGCAUGGGGCUUCAAGACCUCAAUUCCUGGUUUCUGAUCCGAACACACCAGGCACUGGGUUCCAAUGCUCAAACCCCAAGUCUAUAUCCCAGUAGCCCAGUCACAGCAUCCUGGGUACCACGUACCCUCAUUCCAGACACACACAGCUCCCCCAGUGAUGGGAGAUCACCUGGUCGAGUAACCUCAAAGGAAGCCUAGAACCCACCUGUCCCCUCCACCCCCAGCUCCAGAACAACUACAAGAUUUCUCCCAAGUCCUGAUAAGGCUCAUCACCAGGCAACAGGGGAGAAAUGUCUCUCCCACAUUUCCCAUAAUGGGUGCUGGAUACUGGCCCCCCAUAUCCUGGCCCUGUGGGGACCUGUUCCCACCCCCACACCCUAUGUGUCUUCCACCAUCUUCCCUCUUUAUUGACUAAUAACCACAAGAGCCCAAGUCUGGAAGGUCCAGUCACUCUUGGGGGCUUCAUACAUUAGAAGCCAGGAGUAAAUCUACAUAGCCUACCCUUCACUAAACCCAAGCAUCCAAUUAUGCAAAAACAAGUCAAGUCCCCAAACUCAUUCCAGAUCUAUUUUUCUAGCAGAGAGAGGAGCAGAGCCUCCCUUCUGCUCCAGCCCAAGCUCACCGUCCCUCACCCCCAUACAUUCUGCACUUUAUCACUGGAUUCUGAGCUUAGAAUAAUUGGGGGGCCCGCUAAGGGAAAGAGAGCCCUGGAUGUUGUGGGGCUGGAGAACUCCCCAUGGCUUCCACCUCUACCAUGCCCCACUGCCCUGCCUGUUUGUGUUAUUUCAAAGGAAGAUAACAAAAGGAAUAAAUUGUCUAAGCUCC